AAAAUGGAUUAUGAGUCUUUGUAUAAAUUAAUUCCCAAAGAACCAAAGAAAUGGUUGACUCAAGAUGUUAUAAACUGGCUAAAGUUUAUAGGGUUAGGGCAAAUGGAGCAAAAAUUUGGUAUUUAAAUAUAAAGAGAAUAGUUGAAUGUUCUAUUGAUGGGGCAGUUUUGGAAGACUUGACAGAAAAGGAUUUGGAUGAGGAAUUAGGGAUCACAUAAAGAAUUAUUAAGAGAAAGCUGUUAAAUUGUAACUCUGUUAAUUAUUUUAGGGGUAAAUCACGGACUGAAAGAAUAUAAUGAAUAUAUAAAGUAAAUGAAAAUGCCGAAUCUAAACAUCAAGAAAUAACAAGAUGAGGAUUUCACAAUACAAAAAAACAUUGGGAAUGUUCAAUUCGAAUAAAUGCUAAUGGAGAGUCACGAAAAUAAUGGCAACGAACAAUUUACAAGUUCAGUUGCUAGAUAAGAGGAAUAAGCAAUAAAAUAAGAAAUACCUGGAUUCAACAAAUUUGAACAUCAACUCAUACUAUAACCAAUAGAAGGUUAAUAGUCCAAUUUUUAUUGUGUUCGAGAGGCAGGGGCCAAAAUAGGGAGACACUCUAGCAACCAAAUUCUAAUUUUGGAGGAGAAUAUCAGUAGAUUUCAUGCCGAGAUAAUAUUCUAAGACUCCAUGGUAUUUAAAGAUUGUUAUCUAAUUUAGUUUGCUCUUAAAGAUAUUGGAAGUACAACAGGAACUUUUAUUAAAAUACUUAAAAGUCUGACAUUAAAAUAAGGGAUGUUAAUUGAAUUGGGAAGUAAUUAAUUUUGUGUUUAGAAAUUGGAAACACUGGAAAAUGGAGGAAUUGAAGUAAGACUCCAUAAAAUUGCUAGAUCUCCUUAUUCGUAAUCGAAGGACCAAAUUUAGAGGACACCAUCAUAUUCCAAUUAAAUAAGGACAAACCUUCAGUAGCACUUGGCAGAAAGUCAACUGUCGAUAUCUCCUUUCCUGAAGACCAUCAUUUAUCCAAUCAACAUGCCAAAUUUUAUCUUGUAGAAUAAACAGUCACAAUUGAAGAUCAUGGAUCAACAAAUGGGUAAUGAGUAUCAAUUACAUUUUAGAUCUUGGAUGAGGUUAUCAGGAGAAGGUAAAAUGAGUAAUUUGUUUUACUUGGAUCCAAAUGAAGAGAUCGUAAUAAGAAUUGGAACCACAAAUUAAUACAUUUGCCAAUAAAAUAAAAUGAAGGUUAAUGAAAUCUCUGGAGAAAAUUUGUGCAUCAUCUGUGUUGAAAGAGAAAGGGAUUGCUUGAUAUUGCCAUGUAAACACAAUGCCACUUGUUUGAAAUGCAGUAAGAGUUUGGCUCUGUGUCCAUUCUGCAGAGUCAAAAUUCAAGAGACUAUUAGAAUUUAUAAAAAUUGAC